GGUAUUUAUAAUGUUCUUAAGUGUUUGCUGAUACGCGUUCAUUUACUGAUACAUGGCUUUUUAGUUGGUCACUCCCUAAAAUGCAAAUGUCUGUAUAUAACUAUGACUGUGCCUUCCCCCAAUUCACAUUGUUUUUAAAGAUCCUCAAAGGAGAAACUACAGCUGCCUCACACCGUGGGCACACAAAUGACCUACUGAUGUUAAAUUAACUGACCGGUGUAUAUGUCUUAAGGUUUCUGUUAAUUCUGUUCACACUCUUGGAAAAAUGUCUCAGAAAGUUUUCUUAGCCCAGGACCUUUGUAUUAACCGAUUAGUAAUAUACAUACAGGAUAUACAAGCAGAAGUGUGAUCACCUGUGCAACCAGAAUCUGGCAAAUCUAAGGUCAAACACAUUUCCUUUGACUAAGUUUUCUCUCUUUUAGUGUCACUGUCAAUGGCGCUACAUGGACUUUGUAAUAACCCUUUGAGGCACAUAGCUGGGUGCCAUGUAGAGCAUGUAUCUGUUACGAUAAUGUGCCCAAGAAAUAAGAAGAAUGGACUUUAAUCUCAUUUUAGAAAGUUUGUGCAGGGGAAACUCAGUGGAGAGGAAGAUAUAUAUCCCUUUAAAUAAAACAGCUCCCUGUGUUCGCCUGCUCAACGCCACUCAUCAGAUUGGCUGCCAGUCUUCAAUUAGUGGAGACACAGGGGUUAUCCAUGUAGUAGAGAAAGAAGAGGACCUACAGUGGGUAUUGACUGAUGGCCCCAACCCCCCUUACAUGGUUCUGCUGGAGAGCAAGCUUUUUACCAGGGAUGUAAUGGAGAAGCUGAAAGGGAGAACCAGCCGAAUUGCUGGUCUUGCAGUGUCCUUGACCAAGCCCAGUCCUGCCUCAGGCUUCUCUCCUAGUGUGCAGUGCCCAAAUGAUGGGUUUGGUGUUUACUCCAAUUCCUAUGGGCCAGAGUUUGCUCAUUGCAGAGAAAUACAGUGGAACUCGCUGGGCAAUGGUUUGGCUUAUGAAGACUUUAGUUUCCCCAUCUUUCUUCUUGAAGAUGAAAAUGAAACCAAAGUCAUCAAGCAGUGCUAUCAAGAUCACAACCUGAGUCAGAAUGGCUCAGCACCAACCUUCCCACUGUGUGCCAUGCAGCUCUUCUCACACAUGCACGCUGUCAUCAGCACUGCCACCUGCAUGCGGCGCAGCUCCAUCCAAAGCACCUUCAGCAUCAACCCAGAAAUCGUCUGUGACCCCCUGUCUGAUUACAAUGUGUGGAGCAUGCUAAAGCCUAUAAAUACAACUGGGACAUUAAAGCCUGACGACAGGGUUGUGGUUGCUGCUACCCGGCUGGAUAGUCGUUCCUUUUUCUGGAAUGUGGCCCCGGGAGCUGAAAGCGCAGUGGCUUCCUUUGUCACCCAGCUGGCUGCUGCUGAAGCUUUGCAAAAGGCACCUGAUGUGACCACCCUGCCCCGCAAUGUCAUGUUUGUCUUCUUUCAAGGGGAAACUUUUGACUACAUUGGCAGCUCAAGGAUGGUCUACGACAUGGAGAAGGGCAAGUUUCCUGUGCAGUUAGAGAAUGUUGACUCAUUUGUGGAGCUGGGACAGGUGGCCUUAAGAACUUCAUUAGAGCUUUGGAUGCACACAGAUCCUGUUUCUCAGAAAAAUGAGUCUGUACGGAACCAGGUGGAGGAUCUCCUGGCCACAUUGGAGAAGAGUGGUGCUGGUGUCCCUGCUGUCAUCCUCAGGAGGCCAAAUCAGUCCCAGCCUCUCCCACCAUCUUCCCUGCAGCGAUUUCUUCGAGCUCGAAACAUCUCUGGCGUUGUUCUGGCUGACCACUCUGGUGCCUUCCAUAACAAAUAUUACCAGAGUAUUUACGACACUGCUGAGAACAUUAAUAUGAGCUAUCCCGAAUGGCUGAGCCCUGAAGAGGACCUGAACUUUGUAACAGACACUGCCAAGGCCCUGGCAGAUGUGGCCACAGUGCUGGGACGUGCUCUGUAUGAGCUUGCAGGAGGAACCAACUUCAGCGACACAGUUCAGGCUGAUCCCCAAACGGUCACCCGCCUGCUCUAUGGGUUCCUGAUUAAAGCCAACAACUCAUGGUUCCAGUCUAUCCUCAGGCAGGACCUAAGGUCCUACUUGGGUGACGGGCCUCUUCAACAUUACAUUGCUGUCUCUAGCCCCACCAACACCACUUAUGUUGUACAGUAUGCCUUGGCAAAUUUGACUGGCACGGUGGUCAACCUCACCCGAGAGCAAUGCCAGGAUCCAAGUAAAGUCCCAAGUGAAAACAAGGAUCUGUAUGAGUACUCAUGGGUCCAGGGCCCUUUGAAUUCCAAUGAGACAGACCGACUCCCCCGGUGUGUGCGUUCUACUGCACGAUUAGCCAGGGCCUUGUCUCCUGCCUUUGAACUGAGUCAGUGGAGCUCUACUGAAUACUCUACAUGGACUGAGAGCCGCUGGAAAGAUAUCCGUGCCCGGAUAUUUCUCAUCGCCAGCAAAGAGCUUGAGUUCAUCACCCUGAUAGUGGGCUUCGGCAUCCUCAUCUUCUCUCUCAUCGUCACCUACUGCAUCAAUGCCAAAGCUGAUGUCCUUUUCAUUGCUCCCCGGGAGCCAGGAGCUGUGUCAUACUGAGGAGGACCCCAGCUUUUCCUGCCAGCUCAGCAGUUCACUUCCUAGAGCAUCUGUCCCACUGGGACACAACCACUAAUUUGUCACUGGAACCUCCCUGGGCCUGUCUCACACUGGGAUUAACAUAAAAGAGUGGAACUUUCCAAAAGAGACAGGGAGAGAUAAAUAAGUUGCCUCCCUUCCUCGGCUCCCCUUUCCCAUCACCCCUUCCCCAUUUCUUCCUCCUUCUCUAUUCAUGCCAGAUUUUGGGAUUACAAAUAGAAGCUUCUUGCUCCUGUUUAACUCCCUAGUUACCCCCCCCAAUUUGCCCUUCAGGAUCCUUCUACUUUUUCCAUCUGGCCCUGUACCUCUCUCUGCUCCUCACCCCCACCCCUGUACCCAGCCACCUUCCUGACUGGGAAGGACAAAAGGUUGAACGUCAGGGUCAAACUACAUUGAACCCCUGAGGACAGGGACAUCUCUGGGCCGAGCCUACUGUCUCCUUCCCAUUGUCCUUUCUCCAGGCCCUCAGAUGGCACAUUAGGGUGGGCGUGCUGCGGGUGGGUAUCCUACCUCCAGCCCACAGUGCUCAGUUGUACUUUUUAUUAAGCUGUAAUAUCUAUUUUUGUUUUUGUCUUUUUCCUUUAUUCUUUUUGUAAAUAUAUAUAUAAUGAGUUUCAUUAAAAUAGAUUAUCCCACA